AUGAAGAGCUUCUUUACUUCGUUGGCUCUUGCUGCCUUUGCCAUUACGGGCUCUCUCGCCAAAAGCACCAUGUGUGAGAGUAACCAGGUAGUUAUUUGCAAAGGCAAUGGCAAUGGUGGCCUUAUUUCCCUGGGUAAUAUCGCCUCGGGCCUUCUCGGCGAUAGUUGUUCUGGCGGCGAUGUCUACUGCUGCUCCCAGCAAGACGUCGAACAGAUCGGUCUCCUCAACCUCGACCUGAAUGCGCAAUGCAGUCUCAACAAUCUUUGA